AUGCGAGAGCAGGCCCUGCAACGCGUGACUUGGUUUGCUCGGGUGUGGAAGGAUCGGGCUCUUGGAUCGGGGAACAGAUAUGUCGAUGGUGUCCGCUUCACUAAGUACGCAGUACUUGGUGACGACGUAGUGAUCGCUGACAGUUCUGUUGCUAAAGUCUAUGAGGCAAAUCUUCAUCGACUGAAUGUUAGUAUCAGUUACCAAAAGUCUCUGAUAUCUGACUCGGGAGGUGCUGAGUUUGCGAAGCGAUUUAGAGUGAAAGGGCUUACCAAGGACUUAAGUCCGGUAUCGGCCCGAUCGCUGUGCAACUUCUUUCAUCCUUAUGGAUUGGUCGCUAUUGGGCACAAGUAUAAGUGUGCUCGAUUUUCGACCCUCUGUAGGGUUGGAGGGAUGGGGUACCGACAACGGUCUCGCUUAGAGACUCGUAGGUCCGCAAGGGCUGAACGUCUCUUCGUGAUGUGGAAUAAAGCUCUGUUUGGUCAUGGCUGUCUAGAGCUGUGGCUAGGCCGAGGCCUGCCCUUAAGCCCGUAUCUUCGGGGUGUCAUCAUCCAACUGUUAAGGAAGGAGAUGAAACCACAAGAUUCAAAAUCCAGACGCACUUUUUUCUUGCUCCUGGGGUCAAAGACUUCCUUGAGUGGUCAAUGCUUCGUGCAUGGAUGCGGGAAUGGCUGCGUUAUUGUCAUUGGUACUAUGGUACUGGAUCCAUGGGUAUCCAUUGAGGCCUUCUUUGAUGCGCCAGUUGUGAAUGUGAAAUGGAAGGCUGAUCGGAAGAGCGUUGAGCUCGUUCGAUUCGGUCUUCUAUGGAAGAUUUUUGAUUUGGUGGGUCAAUUAGGUGUCUCUUUUAGGUGUCCGAUCCUAGAAGAUUCAUCUGGAUCAGAGAGAUCUGGUCCAUGGCUUCUUGGUGGAGUUGAUGGCACGUCUUUCUUGGUCUCGCCUGUCGGCCUUUUCCAGCCGAAGGCGGGUAAGGGGGUUGUGGUUUGUGGGAUUGUUAAAGAUCCUUCUAAACCCGAUCCCGCUUAUAUAACCGUUCGUUAUAAGACUAAGCGAUUGGCAGAUGAUCGAGAGAGAAGCGAUUGA